GAGCGCUAAGAGGCGGUGACGACGACGACAUCUGCCGUGGAACCCGGAGAGGAGAACCUUCGUCUUCAGCGUCUCUGCUUCGUUUCGUCUCCAGCUCGCCUUCAGAAUCCUCACCAGCGACAACAUGCGUGAAAUUGUGCACUUGCAAGCCGGACAAUGCGGGAACCAGAUCGGCGCCAAGUUCUGGGAGGUGAUCAGCGACGAGCACGGGAUCGAUCCCACGGGAAGUUACCAUGGCGACAGUGACCUCCAGCUGGACAGGAUCAGCGUCUAUUACAACGAGGCCAGCGGAGGGAAGUAUGUUCCCCGUGCCAUCCUGGUGGACCUGGAGCCAGGAACUAUGGAUUCCGUCAGGUCCGGUCCAUUCGGUCAAAUCUUCCGACCCGACAACUUCGUCUUUGGCCAGAGCGGCGCCGGCAACAACUGGGCCAAGGGUCACUACACGGAGGGCGCCGAGCUGGUGGACUCGGUCAUGGACGUGGUGAGGAAAGAGGCGGAGAGCUGCGACUGCCUUCAGGGCUUCCAGCUCACACACUCCCUGGGUGGAGGCACGGGCUCCGGCAUGGGCACCUUGCUCAUCAGCAAGAUCCGCGAGGAGUACCCGGACCGCAUCAUGAACACCUUCAGCGUGGUGCCGUCCCCCAAGGUGUCGGACACGGUGGUGGAGCCGUACAACGCCACGCUGUCGGUGCACCAGCUGGUGGAGAACACGGACGAGACCUACUGCAUUGACAAUGAAGCUUUGUACGACAUCUGCUUCCGCACCUUGAAGCUGACCACCCCCACGUACGGAGACCUCAACCAUUUGGUGUCGGCGACCAUGAGCGGCGUCACCACCUGCCUGCGGUUCCCCGGCCAACUCAACGCCGACCUGCGCAAGCUGGCGGUCAACAUGGUGCCCUUCCCGCGGCUGCACUUCUUCAUGCCGGGCUUCGCCCCGCUCACCAGCAGGGGCAGCCAGCAGUACCGGGCGCUCUCCGUGCCCGAGCUCACCCAGCAGAUGUUCGACGCCAAGAACAUGAUGGCGGCCUGCGACCCGCGCCACGGCCGCUACCUCACCGUCGCCGCCGUUUUCCGCGGCCGCAUGUCCAUGAAGGAGGUGGACGAGCAGAUGCUGAACGUGCAGAACAAGAACAGCAGCUACUUCGUGGAGUGGAUCCCCAACAACGUCAAGACGGCGGUGUGCGACAUCCCGCCCCGCGGCCUCAAGAUGGCCGCCACGUUCAUCGGCAACAGCACGGCCAUCCAGGAGCUGUUCAAGCGCAUCUCCGAGCAGUUCACCGCCAUGUUCCGCCGCAAGGCCUUCCUGCACUGGUACACGGGCGAGGGCAUGGACGAGAUGGAGUUCACCGAGGCCGAGAGCAACAUGAACGACCUGGUGUCCGAGUACCAGCAGUACCAGGACGCCACCGCCGAGGAGGGCGAGUUCGAGGAAGAGGGCGAGGAAGAAGUGGCCUAAAAACUCACCUUACCCUUUUCCAUCACUGCACCAACGCCAUGUUAGCUCCAUGCUCUUAGAUGCUAGUCAAAGUUUUGCUUCUGAUAUUCAUUAUGAACAUUCUGACAUCAUCACUCAUUCGCCCGAUCUCAAAGCAAGCGAGUUCACAUUCAAUUGGAGAAGUAUUCAAAUUUGAUUAAAAGGUCACCUUUAA